UCUCGGACUUGGUCACAGGCUCAGGGUUAGGGCGGUGACCAUGGCCAGGCUGGUGCUGUGUCCUGUGUCCGGUAAUUGGCUGAUGGUGUUGGUGCUGCUGCUCUCAGGUGAGCCAGUGUCACCAAGCAAUGAUGAGUUCUUGUACCCGAAUCCCAAAGGAAGUGCUUGUUCCCGGAUCUGGCAGUACCCCCGUUUCAUGGCCAAGAAAAGGGGCUCUGUGGUCAAAAUGCAGUGUCACACAGACAGCUCCAGCCUCUCUAGCAAGGUGAUCUGGUUCCGCAAGCAGAAGACAGACGAGCCCCUGCAGCUGCUCCAAGAAACGGACCGCAUCCUGCAGACCAACGAUAGCUUCACCCACACCCUCACCAUCCAAAGCAUCCAGUCUGAGGACAAUGGCAUCUACAUCUGCCAGCAGGAGUGUGAUGGGAAGCAUCCCAACAUCUUCCAGGGUUGUGGCACGGAGCUGCGAGUCAUGGGAUUCAGCACCUUGGCACAGUUGAAGCGGCGAAAUACACUGAAAGAUGGCAUCAUUAUGAUCCAGACCCUCCUCAUCAUCCUUUUCAUCAUUGUGCCCAUCUUCCUGCUACUGGACAAGGAUGACAGCAAAGCGGGAAUGGAGGAAGAUCACACCUAUGAGGGCCUGGACAUUGAUCAGACAGCCACCUAUGAGGACAUAGUGACUCUGCGGACAGGGGAGGUGAAGUGGUCUGUCGGGGAGCACCCAGGCCAGGAGUGAGGAGCCAGCCCCCCAUGCCCUAGGACCACUCCUGGGCCUCAUUGACUGCAUCAGAGUUGCCUGGUUCAUGGCCUGUCCCCUCCACCCUGGACCCCCAGCUGGCCUCUGAGGCUGGCCCACCAGAGCCACCUCCCCCUCCAGCUAUUGGCCCCCAGCUCUUACCAAGAGGCCUAGAACAGGACAACAGACAAAGACUUGGAAUGGGGAGUUCUCCUGGGAUAGACUGGGCCAGUCUUCUGCGGGUGCUACACAGGAUCCCCACAUCUGGAACAGGAAAGUAGAGACUUACUGAAGCCUGCAAAUGGACUCAAAACAGGCUGACUUCCUGUAAGGCCUUGGAAGGGCGAUGGCUCCCCAAGGACCCCAGAAGGGCCAUGGAGAACUUCAUUCCUCUCUUCCAUCCUCUUCCAUCUGAGGGGCUGCCAUACCUGGAGCCCAAUGCCCCAUGGAAUAAACAAUGUGUCUG